AUGUCCAAAUCGGUCUCGUCGCGCUUCGUCUCGGCCUCGGACCCCAACUCCACCGUCACCUCAACCGAAGAGUACGACCCUCGCUCGCUGUACGACAAGCUCGCCUCCCAAAAGCAGGCCAAGGACGAGGCGCUCGAUGAAAAGUACAAGCUGGCCAACCAGUUCAGGGGCAUUGAUGAGGGCGAGAGCGAGUUUCUGGUUCAGGUGGCGGGUGAAAGGAGAGAGGAAGAGAGGGAGAGGCUGAGGAGGGAAAGGGAGGAGAUGGAGGGGUUCAGAGCUGCUAGAGCUGCGGACGGUGGGAAAGGCGUCAAGCGCGCUGUGGAGGAGACCAAGGGGUUGGUUGGCGAAAAGCCGGAUACAGCAACAACAACAGGUCUGGCAAAGAAGGCCGAGGAGAAGAGCGAGAGCAAAGAGGGAGCGAUCGUUACUGGUGCGGUGAAGAAGAAGAGGAAGGCCGGUGCGUCCGCGUUGGGCAUCGUCAGGAAGAAGCCGGCAACCCAGGUCGACGAAAGCUCGAAAGCUGCAGCUGCAACACCAAGAUCGAGCGCACCCAGCACCGAGGCCAAGAAAACAUGA